CCGGCCCCGCGCCUCAUGGCCGCCAGCGGCGCCCUGGUGCCCGAUCGGCUGCGCCUGCCGCUCUGCUUUUUCGGCGUCUUCAUCUGCUACUUCUAUUACGGGAUCCUGCAGGAGAAGAUCACGAGGGGAAAAUAUGGAGAGGGUGCCAAACAAGAGAAGUUCACAUUUGCCUUAACCUUGGUCUUUAUCCAGUGUGUGAUCAAUGCAGUAUUUGCCAAGAUCUUGAUCCAGUUUUUUGACACUGCCAGGGUGGAUCGGACCAGGAGCUGGCUGUAUGCAGCCUGCUCUCUCUCUUACCUGGGUGCCAUGGUCUCCAGCAACUCUGCAUUACAGUUUGUCAACUAUCCAACUCAGGUCCUUGGCAAAUCCUGUAAACCUAUUCCAGUUAUGCUCCUUGGAGUGACCCUCCUGAAGAAGAAAUACCCAGUGGCUAAAUACUUCUGUGUGCUCUUGAUAGUGGCUGGAGUGGCCCUCUUCAUGUACAAGCCCAAAAAAGGGGUUGGAGCUGAUGAGCAUGUGGUUGGCUAUGGAGAGCUACUUCUGCUGCUGUCUCUGACACUGGAUGGAUUGACAGGUGUCUCCCAGGAUCACAUGCGAGCUCAUUACCAAACAGGCUCUAACCACAUGAUGCUGAACAUAAACCUCUGGUCCACAUUGCUCUUGGGAGCUGGAAUCCUGUUCACUGGGGAGUUCUGGGACUUCCUUAGCUUUGCUGAGCGAUAUCCCAGCGUCCUUUACAACAUCCUUCUGUUUGGCCUGACCAGUGCCCUGGGCCAGAGCUUUAUCUUCAUGACAGUUGUGUACUUUGGUCCUCUGACCUGCUCCAUCAUCACCACAACCCGCAAGUUCUUCACCAUCUUGGCAUCUGUGAUCCUCUUUGCUAACCCUAUCAGCCCCAUGCAGUGGGUAGGCACUGUGCUGGUGUUCUUGGGUCUUGGCCUGGAUGCCAAGUUUGGCAAAGGUUCCAAGAAGACAUCCCUCUAGGAAGAUCCAGGGAUUCAUACAAGGCCAUUUAACUUAUUUUCUCAAAUCUCAACAUCUCCUUGAGAACUGGACUCAACAAGGGGAGAGGGAGGGUUCUAGUUUUUUUUGUUUUGUUUUGUUUUUUAAGAAAGAAAUCAUAGGUUCUAAAAAAGUGAUAUUGUUGGAUUUUGCUUUUUUUUUUUUUUUAACAGGAAUGAGUAAUGAUUUUUGUUUGUGAUAAGAUGGAGGGGGGCAGUAACCUAGCCUACCUCAAUAAAAAGAAGAGGGAGAUUUUGAUCAUU